AUGAGAAUUAUGAAGAAUUUUUUAGAUUUGACGGACACAUGCGAAGACCGCAGUAUUGGAUGUCGCAGGAUUACUGGAAGCAAGUGCAAUAAGACGUCCAACACUUGCCAGUCCAAAGAGAAAAGCUACUACCGCCUGGCAGAAGGCAAAUCCCACAAAAAAGCAAAAAAUUUGGGAGAAGAGUGUAAGAAUGAUGCAGGCUGCACGAAAAUUGAAAACGCAGGAUGUCCAAGUAAAACAUGUAAGUGCAAGACUGGCUAUACUGCAAACACGAAAAAAAAUGUCUCGCUAAAGCAAAGAAUCUUGGAGAAAGCUGCAAGAACGAUGAUGGAUGCCCUGAUCCAAACAUUAUGA